CAGGACGCGGCUGGAGCUGGGCGGCGGCGCCCUCCAUCUCCUCCUCCGAGGCCUCCCCGGGCCCCUGGCUCGGGCCCAGCCUGCCGCUCCGCCAUGCCACGGAGGAGGCGCAGGAGCCGGGUGAGUGCCCUGGAGGGCGGCCGGGGGGAAGAGGCGCCCCCGGAGGCUGCGGCUGUGCCUUCGGCGCCGUUAACGUCCCCGCAGCAGACGGAGGCGGCGGCGGCGGAGCGGAUUCUGCUCCGGGGCAUCUUCAAGAUCGGGAGGGGCAGCUGUGACGUGGUGCUGAGCGAGCGAGCCCUGCGGUGGCGGCCCAUCCUGCCCGAGCGCCCGGCGGGUGAUUCUAAGUAUGACUGGCUAUGUAAAGAAGAAUUUAUUGAACUGAAAGACAUAUUCUCUGUGAAACUGAAACGGCGUUGUUCUGUUAAACAGCAGAGAAGUGGUACUUUAUUAGGUAUCACACUCUUCAUUUGCUUGAAAAAGGAACAAAAUAAACUAAAGAAGUCUACACUUGAUCUUAUUAAUUUAAGUGAAGACCAUUGUGACAUAUGGUUUAGACAGUUCAAGAAAAUAUUGGCAGGCUUUCCAAACAGACCGAAGUCAUUAAAAAUAUUCCUUAACCCCCAGAGUCACAAAAAAGAAGCUAUCCAGGUUUAUUAUGAGAAGGUUGAACCUCUGUUGAAGCUUGCAGGAAUAAAAACUGAUGUAACAAUACUGGAAUAUGAAGGGCAUGCUCUGUCACUGCUCAAGGAAUGCGAACUCCAGGGAUUUGAUGGUGUUGUCUGUGUUGGUGGAGAUGGAUCUGCUAGUGAAGUAGCCCAUGCUUUGCUUCUGAGAGCCCAGAAGAAUGCUGGGAUGGAAACAGACCGAAUCCUGACACCUGUCAGAGCACAGCUUCCACUUGGCUUAAUACCAGCAGGAUCUACCAAUGUAUUGGCACAUUCUCUUCAUGGAGUUCCUCAUGUGGUAACUGCAACAUUGCACAUUAUAAUGGGGCAGGUACAGCUGGUCGAUGUCUGCACCUUCAGCACCACUGGAAAGCUUCUUCGCUUUGGGUUCUCAGCCAUGUUUGGCUUUGGUGGAAGAACUUUGGCUCUGGCAGAAAAAUAUCGAUGGAUGUCCCCUAACCAAAGGAGAGAUUUUGCUGUCGUUAAGGCACUGGCAAAACUUAAGCCAGAAGACUGUGAAAUAUCAUUUUUACCAUUUAACAGCUCUGAUGAUGUGCAAGAAAGGAGGGAACAGGGAUCUCCCAAAUCUGACUGUAAUGAUCAGUGGCAAAUGAUCCAGGGUCAGUUCUUGAAUGUCAGCAUUAUGGCAAUUCCUUGCCUGUGUUCAGUGGCACCUAGAGGCUUGGCACCGAAUACCAGGUUAAAUAAUGGAAGUAUGGCUCUUAUAAUUGCCCGAAACACUUCCCGGUCAGAAUUUAUAAAGCACCUGAAAAGAUAUGCCAGUGUAAAAAAUCAGUUUAAUUUUCCAUUUGUUGAGACUUACACUGUUGAGGAAGUAAAAAUUCAUCCAAGAAAUACCAGUGGAUAUAAUCCAGAGGAGGAGGAUGAAACUGCUUCAGAAAAUGGGUUCCCUUGGAAUGUAGAUGGCGAUUUAAUGGAAGUUUCAUCAGAAGUCCAUAUUAGAUUGCAUCCAAGACUUAUCAGUCUUUAUGGAGGAAGCAUGGAAGAAGUAAAUGAUUCCAAAGUCACCUGUAAUUGCUUCUAAAGCCUAAAAUAGACAUUGAAUCAGCUGCUGCCUGAACCAAGGGAGGAAAAUGGACAGAACUGGUAGAAAAGGAGAAGACUAGAAGGAAUGCUUUCUAGAAUUGAGCAAGGCAUGAGGAAGAACAACUACGUCUCCCAGCAAGUGCAUGGCACUAAAAUCCAUUGGACUAAAAUUAAAUUCUGAAGUAGCUGGUCACCUUCAUCAAUAACCAGGCCAAGUUAAAAACAGAAUUGGAAAAAUGCUUCAUCCUCCUGUGUAUUACAAAGUAUAGAUUACUGCAAAUCCACACAUAUGCGUGAGUUCAAGUCCUGGCACUGCCGGCAGUUCUUCUGGGUGGGCAGUAAUUUAGCAUUUUUAAGCCUCAGUCAUCCAAUCCCAUACUACUUACCAUUCAGUGAAGAUCUGGCUUAUGUAUACUGUACGAAAUCCUUAGAAUGUUUCAAAUAUGAAGUAUUUGAGGCAUAAGGAACUUAUUCAAAGGCCACAGCUAGAAUGCUCUAUAGUCUUGAAACAAUUUCAAAUUUCUACACAGUUCAUUCUUUUCCCAUUGAGAGGGUCAGAACAGCUAGGUGCUGUAGGAAAACUUUCAGUUACAGCAUGUUAUUUUAUUAACUUUCCCCAAAGACAGAACAGCUAGGUGCUGUAGGAAAACUUUCAGUUACAGCAUGUUAUUUUAUUAACUUUCCCCAAAGACAGAAGUUCUUAGAUAUCUAGGAAUUUAAAAUUUGGAAAAAUUAGCUCAAAGUAGAGAAGUAUGU